AUGGAUAGGAGUACCCCGGUGAGGAAGCCCCACACUUCCACUGCAGAUCUGCUCACCUGGCCGGAGACUCCGCCUCCCGAAUCUCCGUCGCUCGCCUCCGCUCCUCGCUCCGCCGCCAGGUCGCACCAGCCGUCCGAUGGAAUCAGUAAGGUGGUGUUCGGAGGUCAGGUGACCGAUGAAGAAUCUGAUAGUCUCAACAAACGUCCACCAUGUUCUGGGUACAAGAUGAAAGAAAUGACCGGCAGUGGCAUUUUCUCUGGUAAGGGAGAACAUGAAGAUGCUGAGUCCGGAAACACAAACCUUACCCCUAAUGUCAGAACGGGGAUUAAAAUGUAUCAGCAAACUCUUGCUGGAAUCAGUCACAUUUCUUUUGGAGAGGAAGAGAGCGUCUCUCCUAAAAAACCUGCUACCUUGACUGAGGUGGCCAAGCAGCGGGAGCUAAGUGGUACCUCGGAAAGUGAGGCCGAGACAGAGGCAAGGCUAAAGAAGCAGCUCUCUAAUGCUAAGUGCAAAGAGCUGAGUGGAAACGACAUUUUCGCACCUCCACCAGAAAUUUUGCCGCGCCCUACAACUGUCCGAGCCUUGGCACUCAAGGAAAGCAUAGAGCUGGGUGAACCUGCUCUACGAGAUCCUGCUGGAGGGCAGAUGUCAGAAGACAACCUGAAGACAGCAAAGAAAAUUUACGACAAGAAGUUCUCCGAGCUCUCAGGAAACGACAUCUUCAAGGGAGAUGUGCCUCCAUCGUCGGCAGAGAAGCCCAUUAGCAACGCGAAAUUGCGAGAGAUAAGCGGAAACAACAUCUUUGCCGACGGGAAGGCAGAGCAUCGGGAGUACUUGGGCGGUGUCCGGAAGCCUCCUGGUGGGGAGAGCAGCAUUGCCUUGGUUUAA